AUGGAUUCGACUUACUCCUCUCGACUUGAAGUAGUUCUUCGUUACCUUCUCAACGAACAAGGCACGGAGCAUACGGCAUGCCAUUGCAAACAUCAUCACGACCGUGAAUGGAUCUUCGAGUCAGACACCUGGUCGCAAUUGGAAUAUCUACGCCGGCUACUCUGCCAGCGGCCAGUAUCACCUGGAAUCCCAAGCGAAAUCCAAGCUGAUAUCGAUAUAGUCAUUGCAUAUCGAAACAGCCAUCAGAUUUUCACCUCCACCAAAUCUAUCACCCCCCGGGCCACUUUGGAGAACGGGCCUGAAUCCAGCUGUGUCAAUCUAUCCUGCUGGAAAGGCGACAUCACAGCGCUGACAGAUGUCUCUGCGAUUGUCAAUGCAGCGAAUAGUCAACUUCUAGGCUGUUUCCGCCCUGAACAUCGCUGCAUCGAUAAUGUCAUCCACACUGCUGCAGGCCCUCGUCUUCGAGAUGCAUGCUACUCUCUCAUGCAAUCUCAAGGUUGUGAUGAGCCAACUGGCUCAGCAAAAGUAACCCCGGGAUUCCUCCUCCCAGCAUCAUGGGUGCUGCACACCGUGGGACCGCAAUUGAAUUCCGGAGAGAACCCUUCAUCUCUCCACAAGAAGCAGCUAGCAUCAUGCUAUACUUCUUGUUUAAACGCGGCGGAGUCACUAACCCCCUUACCAGAUGGACGUAAAGUCGUCGUAUUCUGUUGCAUAUCAACAGGUCUAUUCGCAUUUCCAUCUGAGCUGGCUACCCAAAUCGCCGUCAACACAGUGAUAUCCUGGUACACCGAACAUUCAAAAACCACCAUAACGGAUAUUAUUUUCGACACAUUUCUUGACAAAGACUACACUCUGUACGAUGAAACACUAUCCUACCAAUCCAGAAACCUCUCAAUCACCACACCACGACAUCUGCCAACAAACUCCCAACUCUCCCCUCAAAUCCUCAAAGCCCGAAACUGGCUCAAUUCCGCAACACACCUCAUUAUUUCCGCCGGCGCGGGUCUUUCCGCCGCUACAGGUCUAGACUAUACUUCUCCAACUCUCUUCACCACUCACUUCCCGGCCUUUCACUCAAAAGGGCUUCGCAAACUCUACGAUGUCUUCGGUUACAAGAACUGGGACUCGGAUCUUCAGAAAUGGGGCUACUACUUCAAACACCUUGACAUGGUCCGCUCGUGGCCUACUUCACCACUCUAUGCGAAUCUGCUCCAGUUAGUCUCUCGCUUUCGGAAGAACUAUUUCGUUCGAACCACGAAUGCAGAUGGAUUCUUCGUGAAGAAUGGGUUUGAUGCCAGGAGAGUGGCGACGCCGCAAGGCUCGUAUAGAUAUUUACAAUGUUUCAGGAAAUGUAGACCCGAUGCAGUCUUCGAAGCAAUGGACUUUGUGGAUAGAGGGUUGUCUUUCAUUGAUCCUGUGAGUCAAUGUCUCACGGAUGAAAGUUUCGUUCCGAGAUGUAAAUACUGUCAGGGGGAGGUCACGCUUUGUGUGCGGGGUGGGGGAUAUUUCAAUGAGGGGCCUUUUGAGGAGAUGGAGAGGGAGUAUAAGGGAUUUAUUAAGGGCUUGCAGGAAAUGAAAGGGGUGGAUGUUGUUAUUUUGGAGCUUGGGGUUGGGCUCAAUACGCCUGGUGUGUUGAGAUGGCCGAAUGAGGAUCUGGUUUCUGAGUCGGAAGGAUUCAAGUUGAUUCGGGUCGGGAUGGAUGCGUCGGGGUGUGCACCUUGGGAAUUAGAGGAAGAAGGUAAAGCUGCCGGGAUCACGGGGGAUAUCAAGGCUGUACUGGAUGCUUUGAUCUCCUGA